AUGAUCCGCUCAUCUGCCCACCAGCAAGCAUCCAUCACUCACUUGGCCGCCGUCGCUAGCGGCAAACUAGCGAGUACGGAAUACGGCACUGUCGAUCGCAAGCCUCUUUUCCAAUUUUUCCCUUUCUCACGAGUCCAGUUCCCUGUGCCGGGUUCGCUUGUCGGCGAAGAUGCGGAGCUGCAGUACUCCGAAGAGCUGGUCUGGUCUUGUUCGAGAGUCGAGACCGUGGGUGCAAGAACACAUGCAGGCCCUCGAAUCGAGUGUAGCUACAUUGCUGCCUUGACUAUCAAAUUCCGGACCACGAGUUGCCCAGAUUUACAUACGCAUUGUUGUCAGAGCUUUGUGAUGUGGCUUGAACGACGAUGA